AUGUCAAUACCACCGCCCCCUAAGCCACCUGAAGUAAAGGAAGUUCUCCAACCGAAGGGAGGAACAGUUAAAGAAGGGAACAGGGGAGCUAUUAGAGUAAAAGCAGUAUCGGGAAGAGGGAGGAGUUAUGAAGGUCAGCAGAAGACAAGGAUCAAGAAAGAUAUGGCGUACACGCGCAACAAACGGAUCCAUGCCAUAAAUAGGGGAAUAAUCACCAGAGACACCAAGAACAUUAAAGGCAGUCAGAAGAGCAACCUCGAGGGACAAGCUAAAGGGAUCGGAAAUGGAGCCAAUAGAGCAAACCAUAAAAGCCAGAGGACUGACGCAACCCUAAUGCUAAGGAACUCACAGAAGCUACAUCGAGCCACUAAAGUGAAGGAGUACAGGGCACUUAAAUGGCAAGUAAGAGGAAAGGAAUGGAAGAACCAAGAUUUAAAGCCAGGCAGCCAACCAACUCAUUCAUUGCACAUAAUCUUAAAUAGCAUACCAGAUACAGGGGGAGACCACAGAGGGAGAAGCAGGCCUAUAUAA